GCAUAGCUCGGAGCAUGACGCCAUGCCUAGAGUCGACCUGAAGCGGGCUCGCGGUACGUCCACGAUUCCUGGGGCCGGUACGGCUGGACCAAGCGCUUCUAUAAAGACCAAGGCGUCAUCCGUCUUGUCGUCGCCUCAGAAAGCAACAACCGGGAUCGCAGACCCUCAGCCACGACCGUCCCAGAGUGUCCGUUUCUCCAGAAUAGACAAGAGGACGUCCAAGAGCAAGGAAAUCGGGAUCAGAGUCCCAUCGAGGACCGCCGUCCCUACGUCGACCAGGAGCUUCAUUCCCUGGGACCACGAGUCGCCGGACGAUAGUUCCUCGUCCAGCACUUCGGACACUUCCGAGCUCGAAGUGAGGAAAACCAGAACGCGCGCGAAAAGUCGAGGCAAGGGGUCCGCUAAACUGACGUCAAGAGCAGGAAUCUCCGGGAGUCGAGGCGUCCACUCGAUAAACGUCCGAAAAGCCUCGAGUAAGCGCAGUCCUCGGGAAACAGUCGGUCGGAAGCUCAAAGCCGUGGACCCCGCACGCUACCCGUCUCGGAAACGUUCUUCGAGUGACGACGCUAGCAGUUCGGGAAGCGUGUCUUCGACCGUUUCGUCCAGCGUCGGUUCUAGUUCCACCGAGGACAGUCGGGAUGACGAUGCAGUUGCGGUUAAGGAUGUGAUCCGAACGCCGAGUGCCGAGAAGCAGCAGACGACUACGGCUUCGCAGACUGAGGAGACGUUGGCGACGCGUCCGGUCUACAUUUCCAGGGCGAGCCAGACGGAUAUCCUCAAGCCGGCAAAGCGUGCGGCCAGCCGACCGACCCCGUCGAGUCCGUCAGAGACCAGGCGGACGCACGUCGCGUCGUCUGUUCAGUCAGCGAAGACGGCCUUAAAAGCCACUCGUGGAAUCACCAGGAGGGACACUUCGGGAAAGGUGUCGUCUCUCCCCACUUCUUCAGCAGAGGUCGUCCGGGGUCGCGAUCUGCUGGACACUGCUCCGAUUAGCACAUCGACGCCUUCCAUAGAACGAGUGUCCAGCGCCGAACCUUCAACCACCGGCGCUUCUGGUAUAGUGCACAGGUCGACGGGUCUCGCGGACCAACCCAGUGGUGCUGGCGUCACGGACAGUUCCCAACACGUCGCAGCGCCAAGCAGCUCUGCCUCUCCAGUGAUCUCAGGUCGACGACUAUUCGCGGAGAAGGUGGCUGACAUCCUUGAAAGACUGUUGCCUCAAGAACAGGCUUUUGCGGCACUUCCAAUAGCGACCGUUCCUGGCGAUCGGAGAGAGGCUGCUGUGAGCGAGACAGCGACGCCGGACUCUGUUGCCGUAACAAGCAACGUAGGCCUAGAUGGAAGCAGCGACGUCGUUGGAGGAGCUCCUGAUGAACAUCGCGGCCGCCAGAAUGAUAGCGUUACGCCACAGCUGGCCGAGCCUGCUGGGUACAUGGAACCGCUGUCUGAUGUGCAACUGGAGAAGCAAGGUGGUACGCAGGGGUCAACGGUGCCACAAUGUCAAGGCUCCCUCACUGAAGUGGUCCACUUGACUCCAGGCGACGACCGAGUAUGUGACACAGAGCUCGCCACCAAGGCUGAACCUGUGACAACAGUGGCGAGCGAACUGGAGCCGUCUUCGAGCUAUCUCGGCGUAGGCGUUGUGAUCCCACCAUCAAUGCCGACUGAAGAUAGCGUGAAGAUGCAGUCCUCAGCGCCGCCCACCGAAGAUACGAAGGGUCGUACAGUAGCACCGGAGUCUCGUCCUCCGCCGGAGUGGUCGGUCGCUCCCGAGCCAAGACGGGAGGCGCCCAUGGAGUCGCCAAUACCGGAAGUGACGAGGAGUCGCCUCUGGCAACCCUGGAUCCUGUGCUCGGCCGCGGGCGCCAUGAUACUCUUGCCGCUGGCCUUCGUGCUGAUACCCUUGAUCAGCUCAGCUGCGGGUGGUACCAAGCGACACUCUGCCCCGCGUUCCUCCCAAAACGGCACGGAACCUGAAGGAAAAGUCGGGUCCGUUACGAGACAGGCAAGUGAAGGCAGCGGAUAAUGUUUGAGCCAAGUUUUAUAUAGGGAACGGGGGUGUGCAACUGG